AUGGAGGUUGUAGUCCGGUGCGGUUUAUGUUUCAGGCUUCUUGUUAAUCUCCAGCUCCGAUUCGCCGCCAUUUCCGGUAUUUUGUUGAUUUUAUUGUGGUCGGGAGCUGCUGAUGCAAAAGCCAGGCAUCACCAUAUACCUUUGCAAGGUCCGGAAAGUGGAGUUGAUGAUAUAUCUUCUCAUUCGUGCAUUCAUGAUCAGAUCAUAGAACAGAGGAAAAGACCGGGUCGGAAAGUAUAUUCUGUUACUCCCCAAGUCUAUCAUGAGCCAAGAAACACUGCAAAAGCUCAUCCUCAUAAUGGAAGGGUAUUGCUCAGUAUUUCUGAAGAUGAGAAGGAUGUGAAACAACCUAUCAGGAUUUACUUAAACUAUGAUGCUGUUGGUCACUCACUUGACCGAGAUUGCCAGAGAGUUGGAGAUAUCGUGAAGUUGGGUGAGCCGCCUUCAAGCAAUUUCCCUGCUUCUCCUGCAUGCAAUCCUAAUGUCAAACCUCCAGUUUCCGGUGAUUGCUGGUAUAACUGCACUUUAGAUGACAUAUCUGGGGAGGACAAAAGGCGUCGCCUACGCAAGGCUUUAGAGCAGACAGCAGAUUGGUUCAGAAGAGCCUUAUCUGUUGAACCUGUGAAAGGGAAUUUGCGUUUAAGUGGAUACUCUGCAUGUGGGCAAGAUGGCGGUGUGCAGCUUCCUCGUGAAUACGUGGAGGAGGGUAUUGCUGAUACUGAUUUAGUUCUAUUGGUGACCACAAGACCUACUACUGGUAAUACCCUUGCAUGGGCUGUAGCCUGUGAACGUGAUCAAUGGGGACGUGCAAUCGCUGGGCAUGUCAAUGUUGCUCCCCGCCAUUUGACUUCGGAAUCUGGGACUUUGCUUUCAGCAACUCUCAUUCAUGAGGUUAUGCAUGUCCUGGGCUUUGAUCCGCAUGCCUUUGCUCAUUUUAGGGAUGAAAGGAAAAGAAGGCGGACUGAGGUCACUGAGCAACAGAUGGAUGAAAAGCUUGGUCGGAUAGUGACACGCGUAGUGCUUCCACGGGUUGUCAUGCAUUCGCGGCAUCAUUACGGAGCAUUUUCUCAGAACUUUUCGGGUUUAGAACUCGAGGAUGGAGGAGGACGUGGCACAUCGGGGUCCCACUGGGAAAAGAGACUUCUCAUGAAUGAGAUAAUGACUGGAUCAGUAGACACAAGAUCAGUCGUUUCGAAAAUGACUCUAGCGCUAUUAGAGGACAGUGGCUGGUAUAAGGCUAAUUAUAGCAUGGCAGACCAUCUCGAUUGGGGCCGGAACCAGGGGACUCAAUUUGUGACAUCUCCAUGUAACAUGUGGAAAGGUGCUUACCAUUGUAACACAACCCAACUAUCUGGCUGUACAUACAACAGAGAAGCUGAAGGUUACUGCCCAAUUCUAAGCUAUAAUGGAGACUUGCCACCAUGGGCUCGCUACUUUCCACAGGCUAACAAAGGUGGUCAGUCUUCCUUAGCAGAUUAUUGUACAUAUUUUGUUGCCUAUUCAGAUGGGUCUUGUACGGAUAUCAACAGUGCACGUGCACCUGAUAGAAUGCUGGGUGAAGUGAGAGGGAGUAACUCCAGGUGUAUGGCCUCAUCUUUGGUGCGUACUGGGUUUGUUCGAGGUUCCAUGACACAGGGAAAUGGUUGUUAUCAGCAUAGAUGUAAAAAUAAUUUGUUAGAGGUUGCUGUGGAGGGAGUAUGGAAAUUAUGCCCUCAAGCUGGUGGACCAAUUCAGUUUCCUGGUUUUAAUGGUGAAUUAAUUUGUCCGGCUUACCAUGAACUCUGCAGUGCACCCGUAGUUUCUGUCCUUGGUCAGUGUCCUAAUUCUUGUAACUUUAAUGGAGAUUGUGUUGAUGGAAAAUGUCGUUGCCUCCUUGGUUAUCACGGUCAUGACUGUAAAAACCGUUCCUGCCCUAAUAAUUGCAAUGGACAUGGAAAAUGCACAACUCAAGGUGUAUGCAUAUGUGAAAAUGGAUUCACUGGAAUUGACUGUUCCACCGCUGUGUGCGACGAACAAUGCAGCCUACAUGGAGGAGUGUGUGAUAAUGGGGUUUGCGAGUUCCGUUGCUCUGAUUAUGCUGGCUAUACAUGUCAGAACAGCUCUAAACUAGUUACAAGUUUAUUGGUGUGCAAAGAUGUGUUGGAGAGAGACAUAUCAGGGCAACAUUGUGCUCCACGAGAACCUAGCAUACUCCAGCAGCUUGAGGAAGUCGUGGUCAUGCCCAACUACAAUAGGCUGUUUCCAGGCGGGGCUCGGAAGUUAUUUAACAUUUUCGGUAAUAGUUAUUGUGAUGAAGCAGCAAAAAGACUAGCCUGUUGGAUAUCGAUCCAGAAGUGUGAUAUCGAUGGAGACGACAGGUUACGGGUAUGCCAUUCAGCAUGUCAGUCCUACAAUAUGGCGUGUGGGGCUUCCUUAGACUGCUCGGAUCAAACCCUUUUCAGCACCGCAGAAGAAGGGGAUGCUGAAUGUACCGGCUCUGGCGAUAUCAGAUCGCCAUGGUUUAGCCGUUUGUGGAGUAGAUUUGUAGCAAGUAACUAG